AGGGGCAAAGGGAGGGCCCCGGCGCACGGAACCCGUCGCUCGGCUGCGCGGCCGACUCGAGCUCGGGGCCUCGGCCCAAGGAAGGCCUGACCCCCCCCCACCCCCCAGGCCAUGCCGCUGGGAGUGCAGGCCCAGGGGGCGCUGCUCCGCCGGGUGGUGGCGCAUUUCCCCCGCGAGCUGAGCCUGGCCUUCGCGUACGGCUCCGGCCUUCACGGGGCCGAGGGGCGGCGGAACAUGUUGGACUUUGUGUUCGCUGUGGACAACCCCCUCGCGUGGCACACCAUGAACAUGAUGAAAAACCGCAAACACUACUCCUUCCUGCGCUUCCUGGGACCAAAGUAUGUCAGCCGCAUACAGGACAAUUAUGGAGCUGGAGUAUAUUACAACGCGCUAAUUCCUUGUGAUGAGCGGCUUAUCAAAUACGGCGUGAUCAGUACAGACACGCUGAUAGAUGACCUCCUUCACUGGAAGACCUUGUACGUUGCUGGAAGACUACACAAGCCCGUGAAGAUUGUGAUCCAGAGUGAGAACAGUAAGCUGCAGGCAGCUCUGAGCAGGAACCUGAGGAGCGCCCUGGUCACAGCCUUCCUGACGCUGCCGGAGAGUUUCAGCGAGGAGGAGCUUUUCCUGCGGGUCACUGGGCUCUCAUACUCAGGUGACUUCAGGAUGUUGAUCGGGGAAGACCGAGCCAAGGUGCCGAACAUUGUCCGUGUCAACAUGGAGAACUUCCAGAGGCUGUACAGCCCCCUCUUGCAGGAGUGUCCGCAUGCCUUGCACAGGCAGCAGCAGGGCAUCGUGGAGCUGGACAAGAGUGCUGAGGGCCAGUUCCGGCAGCUGAUGUCGUUGCCCCGAACCCUGCAGCAGCAGAUCACGCGGCUGGUUGACCGACCGGGGAAGAACCGGGACGUGGAGGAGAUAUUACUGCAGGUGGCCCAGGACCCAGAGUGCGGAGCCUUCGUCCAGCUCGGUGUUGCUGCCAUCGUGAAAACCUCCAGCCUGAUGCAGAGUGCGAAGGGAAUCCUCACUGCAGGUGCGAGGAAAACGGUCGUGUACAGCACCAGGAAACUGUGGAAAAUGUGGAGGAGUUGGCCCCGCCAUCUACUAUCCUGAACCCCCUCCCCCCUCCCCAGGACCCUCACUCCCCCAUUACACUGCACGUCUGCCGCACUCAUCAGCACUGACUCCUCACAUGUGCGUCUCAGUCGGCGUUCGGAACACGUGUACUGACUCCGUCCGAGGCUGGAGAUUGUCCCGAUCGAAGGUCAUCCACUUCAGCCUGUAACUAACCCUCAGCGUGAGCGGCCACUAGAUAAACAUUACUUGAAAGAGUC